GCAAUGCAACAAAAGGUAAAUAUAACUAUCAUGGAUAUAACAAUAUUUCAAUUUAUUCUACUUCUCUUGUAUUUUGUGUUUCUUCAAAAUGUUAGUGGUCAAGGAGAUACCAUAACUACAACUCAAUUCAUUAAACAUGGUGAUACUAUUGUUUCGUCUCGUGGAACGUUCGAGUUAGGAUUCUUCAGUCCUGGAGAUACUUCUACAAAUCACUAUGUUGGAAUAUGGUACAAGAAAACCUCUGCUACUACUCCUGUUUGGGUUGCCAAUAGACUAGCUCCUGUUGCUAAUAAAUAUGGGGUGUUGAAAGUUAUUCAGCCAGGUCUGAUUGUACUUCUGAAUGAUACUAAUGCAACUGUUUGGUCGACAAAUUCAUCGAAAUCUGUGCAGAAUCCUGUUGCUCAGUUGUUGGACACAGGGAAUUUUGUGGUGAGGGAUGCUAAUGAUCCGAAUCCAGAGAAUUUCCUCUGGCAAAGUUUUGAUUAUCCUAGUAAUACGUUGUUGGAAGGUAUGAAACUUGGGACGGACUUGGUGACUGGAUUAGAAAGGUAUCUUACUUCUUGGAGAAGUAGUGAUGAUCCUGCUCCGGGGGAUUAUACUUAUCAUUGUGAUCCUACGGGUUAUCCACAAAACCUUAUGCGAAAAGGGGCUAAUGUGACAUUUAGAGCAGGGCCGUGGAAUGGUAUCAGGUGGAGUGGUGCACCAAAUCUGGUGAACAACUCUAUCAUUUCUUUCGGUGUGGUUAUGAAUAGUAGGGAAAUUUACUACAAGUAUGAGAUGGUGAACAAAUCCGUUAUUUCAACAUUUGUUUUAGAGCCUUAUGGGAAAGCUAUGCGUAUCAUUUGGAUUGGAAAAGUUCAGGGAUGGGUAAAUUACCACUCUGCGGUUGUGGAUGACUGUGACACCUACAAAUUAUGUGGUGCAUAUGGGACUUGCAACAUUUUGAGUGAUCCUUUUUGUCAAUGUUUAGAUAAAUUCAAGCCAAAACAUCCUGAUGAUUGGGAAAGAUCUGACUGGUCUAGUGGUUGUGUCCGGAAGAUCCCACUGAAUUGCACAGGAGAUGGAUUUAUUAAGUAUUCUGGUGUUAAACUGCCUGAUACGCGAAAUUCUUGGUUUAAUGAGACAAUGACACUAGAUGAAUGCAGGGCAGUUUGCUUGAGAAAUUGUUCGUGCACGGGUUAUACUAAUCUGGACAUACGCAAUGGAGGAAGCGGGUGCUUGCUAUGGAUUUGGGAGCUGGUUGACAUGAGACAGCUACCUGCAUCAGGACAGAAUAUCUACAUUAGGAUGUCUGCUUCAGACAUAGGUUCUGCUGGAUCAAAAGGAAAGAUAGCUGUCAUACUUGCAAUAGCUUUGCCACUAUUGGUUGCAUUGAUUCUGCUCGGUUUAGGUGUAGGCCUGAUUCUUUGUAAACGAAAAAGGAGAAAGGAUCCAGUGGUUACAACAACAGGGAGAUUAGGUGGUCACAGCAACAAGAAUGAUAACAGUAAUCAAAUUCACCAGGAAAAUUUUGAGCUUCCACUUUUUGACUUAUUAACGUUAACCAAUGCUACCAACAAUUUUUCAUUUGCAAACAAGAUUGGAGAGGGUGGCUUUGGACAAGUUUACAAGGGUGUAUUAGAAGGUGGACAAGAAGUAGCAGUGAAGCGGCUUUCAGAAACAUCAGAGCAAGGACUUCACGAGUUCAAGAAUGAAGUUAAGUGCAUCGCAAAACUUCAGCAUCGGAAUCUUGUAAAGCUUCUAGGAUGCUGCAUUCAAGGAGAAGAGAAGAUGUUGGUGUAUGAGUACUUGCCAAACAAAAGCCUGGAAUUAUAUAUAUUUGAUGAAGAAAGGAGUGCAUUACUUGAUUGGCCUAAGCGCUUCAAUAUUAUCAAUGGAAUUGCUCGAGGACUGAUGUAUCUUCAUCAAGAUUCUAGGCUCAGAAUCAUCCACAGAGACUUGAAAGCUAGCAAUGUCUUACUUGAUAUUGAAAUGAAUCCAAAAAUAUCAGAUUUUGGAAUGGCUAGAAGUUUCAGAGGAGAUGAGACAGGAGCCAAUACACGCCGUGUUGUUGGAACAUAUGGUUACAUGUCCCCGGAAUAUGCAGUCGAGGGGAUAUUCUCAGUGAAAUCAGAUGUCUUUAGCUUUGGGGUAUUAGUACUAGAGAUUGUGAGUGGAAAGAAGAACCGACGAUUUGUUCAUCCAGACCACCACCUCAACCUUCUUGGACAUGCAUGGAUGCUUCAUAAUGAAGAACGGACGUUGGAACUAGUAGAUCCAUAUCUCGUAAACUCAUACUAUAUAUCAGAAAUACUAAGAUCAGUCCAUGUGGGAUUGUUAUGUGUUCAACAGAAUCCAGAGGACAGGCCAAGCAUGUCAACUGUGAUUAUGAUGCUGAGCAAUGAAGGCAUUUUGCCAUUGCCUAAACAUCCCGGUUUCUUCACUGAAAGGAAAGUUGAAGAUGUUGAUCAAUUGUCUUGGAGUACACAAACACCAAGUUCUAUAAACGAAGUUACCAUCACGCUGUUGAAUGCUCGAUAGAAGCA